AUGUCACUAAUGUCACCAGAGGUCAAUGUAUUCUCCAGGUCAAUAACACUGAAACAGUUUCUCUCUUCACUCUUGGACAAUAACAACUUUACUAAAGUGAAAUCAAAUAUAAUUAAUAUUAAAAGCGAAAAUUCACUACUCAAUCUUCGAUUACAGUUUAACUAUUUUAUUCAAUGCACUUACACACUAACCAGAAUGCAAUUAGUUGAAUUUUUUUAUCGCUGUAUUGCAAUAUUAUAUAAAAGAAACCAGACUGGUAUUGACAUAAUUCUUCCCUUAUUCAGUAGUACUGAAAAUGAUGAUCUUGCUCCAGUCAGGUUUUCAUAUGUACUCAUUCAAAUCAAGAAUCACAAAGAAAAAAGUGUGGAUAGUAAUUUUCCCAAUAGUACUGCAUCUAUGCUAACUCCUGUAUAUGCUAGGCUUGAAUAUAAAAAACCAUAUUUACCAUUCUUAUCACUAUAUAUGUUCUUGGAUGCUUCUAAUCCUGAUUUUCAGAUUGUACAUUCAGGAAUAGAACUUCGAGGAGAUGAAGAAAAGCUUACAUAUGAAAAUGUAGGAUUAAGUAAGAAAAAAAGAAAAGGCAAGAAUAAAGACUAUGGAAAGUCUAAAGAUGAGUAUGUAGAAUCAAAUGAAAAUAGAAUAUGUCGAAUGAGAUACCAAACAUUAUUGACAAUAUUUGACAUUUCUGAUAAUAUUUUUAGAUGUAUCAAUGCAAAAAAAAGUCAGCUAUUGGUGAAUUUGGCUGAUGUAUAA